AGCCCCCGUCUCCCCGAGCCAAGACGAGUGGCGCGCACAGCUGCCCGCUGCGCCGGCGGGCGCCUCUCGCGCGCGGCGCUCGGAGCGCGGCGCGCGCGGUGCCCGAGCUCGGUCCGCCAGGAGGGUGUCUUCCGCGGCGCCGCGCGGGCGGAUCUGCGAGGAGCUCCAUGCGCGUGGCCGUCGAUGCGAGGGCACCCUUCGGGGAAGGCGCGAAGUCAUUCGCGCUUCGUGCCUCGCGGCUGGGCUCCGACGCCUCCUCGUCCUCCUGCUCUCCCCUGUGGAGCGGCGCGGGAGCACGAGGUCGUUCGCGCGUCGCGCGGCGCAAGGCUCGAAGUUAAGCGCCCCUGUUGGUGGCAUGCGUGGCUGUUUCGUGCCUUUUCUGCCGACGGCCUGGUGAGCCGUGUACUGUUCCCCGACCGCGCUCCAAAGCUGUGCCUGAGGGCGUGGCCUGUCGAGUUGGCGA